AAAAAAUAAAUAAAUAAUUUUAUAAAAACUUUUUUUUUAUUUAUAUAUAUUUAUAUAUUUAUAUAUAUUAUUUUUUUUAUUUUUCUAAAUUAUAUUUUAUUCAUUAAUUUUUUUUAUCAUAUAUAAUUAAUAAAAAAUGAGCUAUGAAAAUAUUUCAAUUAAAAAUAAAGAAGCCCAUAAAGAAACAAUCAAUGAAAUUGUAACAAGAAAUGAAAAUAUUUCAACUACGAAUAUCUUCAAUAUUAGUGUCCCCAAAAUCUUAGAAUCGUUCGUAUUAGAUUUAAAAAAGAUUGUUAAAAGUGACUUUUAUUUGGGUGAAGGAUUCUUUGGUAAAGUUUACUAUACUAGAUACAAUAAUCAAGAUGUGGCAAUGAAAGUUCAACAACCAAAUUACUAUUUUUUUAAUGAAGUUCAUAUCAAUCAGAAAAUCAAUUCAAAAUACAUUGUCAAAUUCCACGGAGCCUCUGCAUCUGAAAAAUAUAUAAUGGCAUUCGAGUUGAUGAAAGGUGGCACAUUGAAACACUUAUUAACUGACCAAUUAAAUAUUAAACCUUCAACUACGCAUAAGAUCAUCAUGCAAAUCUCAAAGGGUAUGGGCUACUUGCAUAACUGUACACCACCCAUUAUUCAUGGAGAUUUAUCAUCCUCCAAUAUAUUGCUUUUGAACAAAUUUAAUUCAAAUAAAAAAAAUUAUUGUAAAAUCUCUGACUUUGGUUUGGGCAUAAUAAAAAAUGAAAAAAGAUUUUUCAAUAAAAUUAUUGGAAAUGUAUUAUAUAUGGCUCCGGAAAUAUAUGAUGGUGAAUCCCCUUGUGACGAAAAAUCUGAUGUCUUUUCUUUUGGAAUCUUGGCAAUUGAAAUAUUAACAUUAGAAUACCCACCAAUUCAACAUAAUACAUAUGCUCAAUGGGAAGAAUUUCUUAUUGAAAAUAAGACUCUUUCAUCAUUUUCAAAAUGCUUUGAUGAUUGGUUAGCUCUUAUUCUAUCCUGUAUCCAUAGAAACCCUGGAAAUCGUCCAUCUUUUAAGGAAAUUAUUGAAAAAUUAAAAUCAUUAAAAAAAUAUUAUAAAGACGAAAACAAUAUUCCACUAUCUUUAUAAUGUCAACCAUUAACAAAUAAUGAAACCAAAGAUAAACCUAAUAUACAAAUUUAAAUAUAAAAAAAGUU